CAUAUGACUAUUACUCAUUCUCAUUACUUUAGGAAACUGCCUUAAUGGAUUCAGACCAAAUAGAUGGCGGCAACCUGAGCCAGUGUACACAGAAGGGAGUAAGGGUGAGUGGGAGACAUGUAGCCUCUUUAGAGAGGGACAAAAGAACGACUGAUCUGCCCAUAGUCCAGUCUAACUUGUCUGCACCAAAUCCCACUGACCACUCUACUGUAAUUUCGAUCAGCCCACACUGUCGGCCCACUGUCUCCACUGAAUCACAGCCUCAUGACUACACUUAUACUGAUGAACGGAAUAGAGAAGGCCGCUUGGACAAUCCACGUCCAGAAGCAGGUGUUUCUACUGUUUCUGAACAAACAAUGGAGGAACUGAAAAGCCUAUUGAGAGAUCGCUCCAUUCUUAAUACAAGAGAGAGCAAUGAAAACCAGUUUGUCGGUUAUCGCUGCCAUGUCCCUGGUCAGAGAAUUGACUGUAAACCAGAUGACAUACCAUCCAAGUCCUUCACAACCUUCAAGCCCUCUUUAGGAAGUAAUAGAAGAACAAGAGAUAGUGGUUCAUCUGGCUGGGAAUCCAGUGUGUCAUCAAAAACUGGCACACAUACAAACAGGCCCAUCAGCUCGAAGUUACCUAUCAGUGAAGGAACAUACCGGGGUGAGACUGGGACAUCAAAGACAGAUAACAAGGAUCACAAUCCAAACAUGGAAUACCACGGAUCUCAAAACGUCAUUCCCGAGGUUGAACACAUAAAGCAGCAGAUCAAUCGUGAGAAUAUAGGCUUUGUCCGGUUUGAAGCCACUGAUCUCCAUGGUGUAUCUAGAUCCAAGACAGUCCCUGCUUCCUUAUUUCAUGAAAAAGCAGUUUAUGGUGUGCCCAUGCCUAGGAGCUACCUGGAGCUGACACUGAGCCCCAAGAACAAUGAAGUUGAUCAUCCAGCUGCUGCCAGUUUCGACAGCGAUAUUCUUCUCAUUCCUGAUCUCACUACAUUUCAAGUCCUUCCCUGGGCUGAGCAGACUGCUCGUAUCAUUUGUGAUCCUUGUACAAUCACAGGGAUCCCUCUACGCACAUCUCCUCGCCUUGUUGCUAAGCUGAUGCUUGGCCAGCUUCAAUCCAUGGGAUUCUCCAUCUAUUCCUCUUUCACAUACGAAUGCUGCAUCUUCGGAGAACCUGAGAGGAUGGGCCCCAAGAUGAUAUUUUUCCCUGCCACCACUUUACUGAGUAAUCAUGACAUGCCUUUUUUACAGCAACUGGUGAUAGGGUUGUACCAAAUGGGCAUCAGUGUAGAUAGCGUCGCGUCUGCCAGUGGUCCGGGACAGAUGGAGAUCUGCUUCAAGCCUAAAUUUGGGAUUGAAUCUGCUGACAGUGCCUUCACCUUUCGUACUGGAGUUAAAGAAAUGGCCAGAAAGCACAACUACAUCGCCACCUUCCUUUCCAAUGAUACCAUUUACAAUUCCGGUUCCCUGUCCCACAGUUUAUGGGAUGUCAAUAGCAGGAGAAAUCUUUUCCAUUCAGGCACCAGUGAGAUGUCUGAGAUUGGCAAGAAAUGGCUUGGAGGGCUUCUCCACCACUCACCAGCUCUUAGCUGCCUAACGGCGCCAGGGAUAGACUGCCGCAGCCAGUUUUCCAAAGGCAAUAUUUCAAAGAGCACAUUCUAUGCCACUUGUGGCUGCAACGACAACAGCUGUGCUUUUAACGUGAAGGCUCACGGCGGACGAGAGACCCAUAUUGAGAACAAGCUGGGCUCAGCAAUGGCAAACCCUUACAUAGUCUUAGCAGCUACCAUUGCAGCAGGAUUGGAUGGUAUCAAGCAUAACCUCUGUGCAGAACAGUCACUUAAUAGAGCUCCAGUGCAGCAGAAACAGUUUGCUGUACCUCUCAAACUGGAGGAUGCCUUAGUGGCUCUUGGAGAAGACGCUGUGAUUUGUGGGGCACUGGGUGAGCCAUUUGUGCGUUACUUUAUUGCCAUGAAGCACCUAGAGAUUGAGACACAGGAAAGUGAUACAGACAGAAACAAAAACCUGGAAUACUUCAUCUAG